UCCCAUCAGAGUCACUUAAUCACUACAUCACACUGCCUCUCUUGAAAGAGAUGGAGUCCUGGGUUGCUUUUAAUGUUGUAUCUCCUCUCAGAAGCUGCCUACUUUGGCCUUUAAAUUCAUGAUGGAUGACAGCAAGGAGAGCAUGGAAGAAGGGAAACCAGAGGUCGGGACCCCUGUGUCUGACACACCAGUUAUGGUUAAAGAUGAGGCUGAGUCUCAGAAGCUGGAUGCAGACGAGCCGGUGGAAGAUGAAGGACUGUCCUGGCGAUCCUCAGAGAUACGAAGGAAAAGGCUGAGGCCUAGAGUGAAGAAGGGAGUGCAAGCAGGAGCACAGCACACCAAGCCAGAUUCUUCAUCUUUCCGGGAUGGACUGUCAGUGGUGGAAGACAGCAGUGAGGAAAAGCUGGUAAUCAGAAGUAAAGUGAAGAAGGAAAAGGACGAAGAAGAGGAUCUGGAAUUUGAGGUGGAAGUGCGAAGAGUUUCUGCAGAGGGGAUGCCAAAUGAUUCAGUGGACUCGCUACCUGAGGAAGACAUGAAGGUCGAGUUGGAGGAAGAGAAUGCUGAAGAAUUUGAGGUGCAAAAAGUCACCAUCCCAAUAGAUGGACAUACAUCACCCUCCUCCUCCUCGCAUCCCAACACCUGUGGCGUCUGUGGAAAAAGUUUUAGCCGCCGCUCCAACCUGGCCAAGCAUCAGAUCAUCCACACCGGUGAGAAGCCAUAUCGCUGCACUGACUGUGGCCGCAGCUUCAACCAGAGCUCUGCCCUCACCAAGCAUCAGCGGACACACACCGGCGAGCGGCCCUAUGUCUGUGGGGACUGUGGCAAGGCCUUCACAGCCAGCUCGAACCUCCUCCAGCACCGUCGUUUCCACACCGGAGAGCGGCCCUACCGCUGCGAGCUGUGCGGCAAGGCCUUCUCCCAGAGCUCCAACUACAACCUGCAUCGCCGCGGCCACACGGGUGUCACACCGUACCAGUGCAGCGUGUGUGGCAAGCGCUUCACCGGGAGCUCCUGCCUCACCCGCCACCAGAGGACCCACACCGGGGAGAAGCCAUACCAGUGCCAGGAAUGCGGCAAGCGCUUUUCUGGAAGCUCCACCUUAGCCAACCACCGGCGCACCCACACUGGCGAGAAGCCGUAUGGUUGUGCCGAGUGCGGCAAGAGAUUCACCCACCAUUCCAACCUGGUGGACCACUGGCGAGUGCACACAGGAGAAAAGCCAUACGUGUGCUCCGAGUGUGGAAAGAGCUUCCGGCUCAGCUCCCACAUCAUCCGCCACCGCCGCACUCACGCCAACACCCGUGCCACCAUUUGCCCUGACUGUGGGAAAAGCUUUAGUAACAGCUCUCAUCUAGUCCGGCACCGUCGUGUUCAUACAGGUGAGAAACCAUACAAAUGUCCCCACUGUGACAAGAGCUACCGCCAAGACUCCCACCUAGUUCAGCAUAUGCGCUCUCACACAGGUGAAAAGCCAUACCGCUGUACUCACUGUGGCAAGGGCUUCUCACAGAGCUCCAAUCUCAUCAUCCACCAGCGGACACACACAGGUGAACGGCCCUUUACUUGCCCAGAAUGCGGACGGAGCUUCAGCCACAGUUCUGAUCUCAUUCAACACAAGCGGAUACAUACAGGUGAGAAGCCCUAUGUCUGCUCCAUAUGUGGAAAAUGUUUUUCGCAGAGCUCCAAAGUUACCCAGCACAAGCGUUUUCACUCUGGGGAACGACCGUUUUCUUGUGGGGAAUGCACUAAGACAUUCCGUCUCCGUGCUGACCUGGUGCGCCACCUCCGUGCCCACACUGGUGAGCGGCCAUUUGGCUGCCCAGAAUGUGGGAAGCACUUUGCUGAGAGUUCCCACCUUAUCCGACACCAGAGGAUUCACAUGAGCGAGCGACCCUUUCGCUGUCCAGACUGUGGGAAAGGGUUCAACCAGAGCUCCAACCUCCAGCAGCACCAGCGUGUGCAUCGAGGCCAGAAACCUUUCAAAUGUGAUGAGUGUGGGAAAGGUUUUGGUGUAAGCUCAGCACUUUUGCAACACCAGCGCACACACACGGGUGAGCGGCCCUAUUGUUGCAGCCAGUGUGGGAAGAGCUUCAGUGUCAGCUCCACCUACCACAUACACCAGCGCAUCCAUGCUGGCCAGAAGCCCUACUCAUGUGCCGAUUGUGGGAAAGGGUUCGUGCGCAGUUCUGCUCUCCUUCAGCACCAAGCCACCCACACAGGUGAAAAGCCUUUCCGAUGCCCAUACUGUGGAAGAGGCUUUGGACAAAAGUCAGCACUCUCCCAGCAUCGUCGAGCCCAUGUAAGAAGAGGAGACACACUGGCUUUGGUGGAAGGGUGGGAAGCUGCUGGGAUGGAAGGUGUUGGAGACCAAGGGAUAGGAGGAGGCAUGGACAGAAUGUGGCAAGGCAAUGGAAUAGGGAUUAUGGAGCAGGAGUGGCAGGGAGAUGGGGAUGAGAACAUGAGGCAAGAAUGGGAGGAUGAUGGAGAUGAGACUAUGAGGAAUGAAUGGCCGGAUGAAGUGGAUGAGAAUGUGGAGCAACAAUUGCAGCAGAAUGGUAGAGAGAACAUGAGGCAGAACUGGAAGGGUGGUAUGGAUCAGACUGUGAGGACAGAAUGGCAGGAUGAUGAAGAUGAGAGAACAGAGCAGGUCACACAGGAUGACUGUACUGAGAGCAUGAGGCUAGAGUGCCAUGAUGAUGAUGAUGAUGAGGAGGAGGAGGAGGAGGAAGAUAGGGUACAGGAGAAUUUGCAAGCUGAUGGACAUGAGAACAUGAGGUUAGAGUGUCAUGAUGAUGAUGGAAGCGCAGAGGAAGAUUUGCGGGAUGAUGGGGAUCAAAACAUGAGGAAAAAGCAUCAGGAUGAGAAUGUGAAGCAGGACUGGCAGGAUGAUGAAGUACAAAUUGUAAGGGAGCAAUGGAGGAAUGUUGUAGAUGAGAAUUUAAGGCGGAAAAAGCUAACUGUGGAACAAGAGUGGCAGGACAGUGAAGAUGAUAGUGAAAGUUGGCUGGGAGAUGGGGAUGAUAGCUUGGAGGGAGAGGGGAGACAGAGUGGGAGACCAGAUUGCCGAGAUGAAGAUGAGGAGUCUGUGGAAUUAAAUUGAUAGGCUUGGAUGCAGUAAGAAAACGAGAAUGGGAUGCCUGGGGAGUUCAUGUUAUAGUCAGGCAUGGCAAGCCACUCACUCAAGGUGUAGUGGAGGAAGAAAAAAACAACUGUACCUUGAGCCAAAGUGAUCUAAUUCUUUUGCAGCAAAAAUAGAUAUAUUUUUGUUUGUGGGAAAUUCUGCUGUGGCUGUCUCCACUUGAAAGUGUUCCUAACUCCCAAUACCUGCAUGCCUGUGCUACCAUCAGAUGACUGCCAUGGUCACACUGAAUGACGAUCCAGCUCCCUGUGUUGUCCUGAGUCUUGUGCCAUUUGCUGAUCAAAUUAAUUCCAAAUUGGGCGAUUUUAUUCAGUCAGUUCUAAAAUCUUACCCUACCUAUGUACAUGGUGUGCCAUGCUUCCCACCCCAAACCAUGUUCUGUUAAAAAUCUGUGACGCUCCAUUCCUGCAGUAGGUGCCUUUUCAUAAAGGGGCGGGUGCCUUUUUAAACAUGUGAGCAAUUCUCAUUGCACUACUGAGAUUGACUUGGUAGCAAGGUUAUCUCACCUCAGUUGGAAAGCUUUCAAACCAUUGGCUUAAAAGGUGCUUUGUGAGCAAAAUACCAUUAACACUGUUUAUUUUCACAGUUAUUGUUUAAGAGCCCCGAGGAAUCUGGGGAAAUAUGUAACACUCCAGUAUUUAAUUAGAACAGCUUUUAAAACUUUUACUGCAUGUUCCAGACCCUUAACCCUCCUAACUAGUUAUUUUUGUAAUAUUCUGAUUUCCUGCCCUUAUCUAUGUCUCUGUCUUAUGAAUUAAUAAAUGCUCUUUCUGAUUUUA